UCGCGGAGCAGGGCGCCAACACGCGCGUCACAGCCAGCUGUCCAAUCAGAGCGCAGCAGGGGCGGGGCCGGCGCAGUGACGUAUGAAUAAGGGGACAGAGGAAAAAAAACUCGCUGCGUGUUCACCAGUGGACGUGGACCUGCAGACUUCACGGCAAACACUCAUGCAGCGCUGCCUCGCCCUGACCGUCGCCCAGCCUAGCCGGCUCCUGUUGAGGAGGAUCUUCCCGUCUGUCCACCGCCAGCAGUCCACAGGAAUGUCGUCUCUCCUCAUCGCUCAGCCUGAGUACGCCUGGCUGAAGGAGCUGGGUCUCUCCGAGGACAACCCCGGCGUCUACAACGGCCGCUGGGGAGGCAGCGGGGAGGCGGUCACCUCCUACUGCCCCGCCAACAACCAGCCCAUCGCCCGAGUGUCCCAAGCCACCAUGGCGGAGUACGAAGAAACGGUCCAGAAGGCGAAGGAAGCGUGGAAGACGUGGGCCGACAUUCCCGCGCCCAAGAGAGGCGAGAUCGUCCGGCAGAUCGGAGACGCGCUGAGGAAGAAAAUCAAAGUCCUGGGCAGCUUGGUGUCCCUGGAGAUGGGCAAGAUCUACGUGGAGGGCGUGGGAGAGGUCCAGGAGUACGUCGACGUGUGCGAUUACGCCGUAGGACUCUCCAGGAUGAUCGGCGGUCCGGUCCUGCCCUCCGAAAGACCCGGCCACGCCCUCAUCGAACAGUGGAACCCGGUGGGUCUGGUGGGCGUCAUCACGGCUUUCAACUUCCCCGUGGCCGUUUACGGCUGGAACAACGCCUUGGCUCUGAUAUGCGGCAACGUCUGCCUCUGGAAAGGAGCCCCGACCACGCCCCUCACCAGCGUGGCGGUCACCAAGAUCGUGGCCGAGGUGCUGGAGCGGAACGAGCUCCCGGGCGCCAUCUGCUCCAUGACCUGCGGAGGCGCCGACAUCGGCAGCGCCAUGGCCAAGGACGAGCGGGUGGAUCUGUUGUCCUUCACCGGCAGCACCCAAGUCGGCAAGAUGGUGGCCAUGAUGGUGCAGGAACGGUUUGGGCGCCAGCUGCUGGAGCUGGGAGGGAACAACGCCAUCAUCGUGUUCGAGGACGCCGACCUGGACCUCGUGGUGCCGUCCGCCGUCUUUGCGUCAGUCGGGACCGCCGGCCAGCGCUGCACCACCACCAGGCGGCUGAUGCUGCACGAGAGCCUCCACGACGCGGUGAUCGAGAGGAUCGUCAAAGCCUACAAGCAAGUCCGCAUCGGAGACCCCUGGGAUCCCAGCACGCUGUACGGCCCUCUGCACACCGAGCAGGCCGUGCAGCAAUACCUGGCCGCCAUCGAGCGGGCCAAGCAGCAGGGCGGCACCGUGGUCUGCGGCGGGAAAGUGAUGGAGCGCCCCGGGAACUACGUGGAGCCCACCAUCAUCACCGGGCUGCCCCACGACUCCGCGGUGGUCCACACGGAAACCUUCGUGCCCAUCCUCUACGUGCUCAAGUUCACCAGCGAGGACGAGGCGUUCGCCUGGAACAACGAGGUGAAGCAGGGCCUGUCCAGCAGCAUCUUCACCAAGGACAUGGGGCGGGUCUUCCGCUGGCUCGGCCCCAAGGGCUCCGACUGCGGCAUCGUCAACGUCAACAUUCCCACCAGCGGCGCCGAGAUCGGCGGGGCGUUCGGCGGGGAGAAGCACACGGGCGGAGGCCGCGAGUCUGGCAGCGACUCGUGGAAGCAGUACAUGAGGCGCUCCACCUGCACCAUCAACUACAGCAAGGAUCUCCCGCUCGCCCAGGGGAUCAAGUUUGAGUGACCGCGGUACGCCUCGGUACCGACACCACACCGCCAUCUUGUCUGCGUGACAACAUGCAUUCAGCAAUAAUGACCGUAAUAUUCUGACAGCCAGAAUAAAGUUUGUAAACCAGAAAAA